ACCGCGCUGUCCAAUCAGAUCCAUCUCCUGUCUCUCCGUCCGCCAAUCAGCGCUCCGUACCAGGCAAGAUGGCGGCGCCGUAGUAGUAGGCCUCGGUUGUACCGUUUCUGUGAAUUAACGGACAAGUCCCGGGGAAAACAUGGCGGGCCGGAGGAGGCAGCCCGCGGACAGGUCCCGCCACAUCUGUGAAGACGGGGACGGCGCAGAAAAGAAAGUCCCCAAAGAACGAGCCGGAGAACAUGACAGGGAGACCCCUAAAAAGACCAGCAAGAAGCUGUCCCGCACUACGAGGACCGGGGCUGCCCGCUCCAGCCUGUCCGCCCCCUCUGUGCCCCCCGGAAGUGAGAGAGAAGAGGAACCAUGUCAGAGUAAGAAGACUCCAAAGCAAUUCUCCAGAUACCAGCCAUGGACAUUAACCUUAAAUUCUCCAUCAAAUGAUGGGGAUCAGCAGCAGGAAAUUUUCUGGGACCCUCAUUCACCAACGACCUUUAAAUUAGAAAAUGGAAAGAAGAGACUGGCUGCAAACAAAUAUACAGUUGAUAUCUCAGAUAUUGUUAAUAGAAUUGCUCCGAAGAAUGAAAAGCCUUCAAGCUCUGAUGCUGCAUAUCUUGGUUUUUGGAUUGGAGAGAAUGCUAUACCGUGUACCCCCGUAGUAACCCGAACUAGAACUAAAAUGCCCAGGUCAAGGAUUUUACAGACAGAGGAAGAACUCAUGAAAUUGGCAAGGCUGUUGGACAAUAACCUGGUGAAGCAAAAAGAUCAGAGCGAGGAGCAGGCUGCCAAUUCUGACGAUGAAAUGUUCAGUGGAGGCAACACUGGAAACAAUGAAGAUGAUUCCUUCCUGGAAGACAUUCCUGAAGGAGACGAUAUUGCCCAUGUUCUUAAAUCUGUUAGUCAGACAUCUGCACCACAGAGGAUCAGUCAGAAGUCUGUUGAUCAGGAAGCUGAAGCUGCUUUUAAUGCCCUAUUUGAUUCAUCAACGCAGAAGUACAGUGGACAUUUAAGCCAAGGUUUAUCAGAUGUUUCCACAAGUAGCUUGAACGAUGCUCCAGUUAAUGUGAGGAGCAAUGUCAAUGAAGUGACUGGGUACAAUAGAAGGGAACCAUGUCCAGAAAGCCUUAAAAAGUCAGAGCAGUCUAGUUUGGCUUCCAAAUUCCCCACUAGUACAUUUCAAGGUGUAAGAAAGUGUUCUGAGCAAAAUAAUGAUAGAGAAAAGAAACCUGUCCAGUCAGUAUCAAACAACCAAGAUGACUUUGAGGAUGACUGGGGCAAUGAUCUUCUUGAAGAUGAUUCUUUUAUCAUGCAGGUUACUCAAAAUCCUGAACUUAUUACUACUCCUAAAAAUAGUAUGGCUUCUAAUAAAACCAAUGCACUCCUUACUGGAGGGGAGGUUAAGUCAUUGGCUAUUUCUUCUACUUCUAGUAAGACUAAUAAUUUUAAGUUUGUGCCGAAGAAAGUAACUAGUGCAUCUGAAGUUAAGACAAAUAACCUAUGUAGCACUGGAGGGACUAGUAUUAAUAUAUUUCAGGGUAAUUCAAGGGACACAAAUAAUGCCAAAACCUUUGCUAGUACUCAAACUCUGGUGCCUUCAAAACCUCAGACAAAUGUAGGAGGUCAGAAUACAAAAAAUAAUGUCCAUAACUUGGUGCCUGCAAUACAAAGCACUUUGACAAAAGCCUCACAGAAACCAAGUGCCCAAACUGCGCCACAGAGCAGAGGGACAACGGUUACCAAAGACUCCAUCCUGCAUGAUGAAUGGAACGAUCCUAAGUUUUCUGAUGAAGUUCUUGAUAUGUUUUGUGAAUCUGAUAGCCUUUGGGAAGAGAAGGAGGAUGACGACGAUCUAUUGUAUCAAGUUUGUGAUGAUGUUGAAAAGUUAACUCAGGCUCAAGAAGUCAAUGAUGUAAACCUGAAGAAGGAAACUUCUCAGCUGCCAAGUUCAACUUGUCAAAUGUUUGCAAAAUCAGGCAACACAAGCCGGCAAAACAAUUAUGCAAGCCAUGUUGCUGCGAGUUCCUUUUUGGGUUCAAAUAAACUAAAUAUUCGAGGGGUUUCACCUGCCUCAUUUAGUGGAAAUUGUUCAAAUACUUAUCAGAACAGUUCUUUGCAGAAGUUCAACCAGACUUUUAGCAGAUCCAAUUCUGUGCCUUCGGGAAUGGAGUGUAAAAACAUAAUUCCUGCCAGCACUCAUACACAGAAUCCAGUAAAGUCCCUGGAUGCUUCAUGCAGUGCAAAAGACACUUUAGCACCUUCUAAAUAUUCCUUUACAAGGGUAAAACCAUCCCAGGUUACAACUGUUCAUGUAGCACAGUCGGUUACUGGAAACCAGAGCGCUUAUAAUGGUCUUAAUUCUCAGAGUUUUGGUGACGGCAGGAAUGGCAGGGACACUAUCGUGCAGUAUAACUCUGGCAACAUAGGCAAACCUCAGCAAUCCUUAAUAAAAAGACACCUUUCAGAGUCCACCAUACAGUCUUCUAAAGUCUUUGUAUCUGAAGACAAAAGUAAGAAAUGUUCGAUGGAGGAGAUUGAGAGGAAGAAACAAGAAGCUUUGGCCAGGAGAAAAAUGAAAGUCCGGGCAUCCUCCAGUGACACAGUGCCAUCUUAGUCUUCUCAUUCUGUUGUAUUGGAUAUUUUGUUUAGAACUGCAAUAUAAUUUCUCUGAGAGAAACUAAAGUUGAAUUCACAGGAAACACUAUUUUUAUUAUAGUUUGUUGUAAAAUGUUUACAGUGUUAAACUAUAUUUGUAUUUUUUGUAUAAUAAAGUGUCCUGUUGUGUUCAGGAAUAAACCAUGGGAGCUUGCAUUGAUCAUGUUCUCAUAAAACGCUCCUGGACACGGUUUUCACUCCAAGACUUUUGUUUUGUGACCAAUUUUUUCAUGUAUUAACCAGUUCUCAUGUAAAUAAAUUUAAUCUAGUUUCUGGUAUUAAAUUUGUCAAAUAAAUUAAUAAUUUACUGACCUGACUUGGCACAAAUCU